GACGUGGCUGCUCGAAGAAGGGCCAUGCUGGACUUCGCGAUCUUCGCCGUCACCUUUCUGCUGGCGCUGGUGGGAGCGGUGCUUUACCUCUACCCGGAUUCCAGACAAGCUUCUGGGAUUCCAGGAAUUGCUCCAACAGAAGAAAAAGAUGGCAAUCUUCCAGAUAUCAUCAGCAGAGGAAGUCUGCAUGAAUUCCUGGUUAACUUACAUGAGCGAUUUGGACCUGUGGUCUCUUUUUGGUUCGGCAGGCGCCUGGUGGUUAGUUUGGGUAAUAUUGAUGUCCUACAGCAGCAUAUCAACCCUAAUAAAACAUUGGAUCCUUUUGAAACUAUGCUAAAGUCAUUAUUAAUGUAUCAGUCUAGUGAUGAAAAUGUGAGUGAAAAAUACAUGAGGAAAAACAUCUAUAAGAAUGACGUGGCUAAUUCUCUACAGAGUAAUUUUUCUCUCCUGGUAAAGCUUUCCGAAGAAUUAUUAGAUAAAUGGCUCUCCUACCCUGAGUCCCAGCAUAUACCCCUCUGCCAGCAUUUACUUGGUUUUGCAAUGAGAUCUGUCACACAGUUGGUAAUGGGUAGUACAUUUGAAGAUGAUCAGGAAGUCAUCUGCUUCCAGAAGAACCACAGCACAGUUUGGUCUGAGAUUGGAAAAGGCUUCCUAGAUGGAUCACUUGAUAAAAGUACAGCUCGGAAAAAACAAUAUGAAGAUGCCCUGAUACAACUGGAAUCUAUUUUAAAGAAAAUCAUAAAGGAACGAAAAGGAAAGAGUUUCAGCCAACAUGUUUUAAUGGACUCCUUAAUACAAGGGAACUUUAGUGACCAACAGAUUCUAGAAGAUAGCAUGAUAUUUUCCCUAGCUGGAUGCACAAUAACUGCAAAAUUGUGCACCUGGGCAAUUUGGUUUUUAAGCACCUCUGAAGAAGUUCAGAAUAAACUCCAAGAAGAGAUAAAUCAAGUUUUUGGGAAUGGUCCUAUUACUCCAGAGAAACUUGAGCAGCUCAGGUAUUGUCGGCAAGUGCUUUGUGAAACUGUUCGGACUGCCAAGCUGACCCCUGUUGCUGCCAGACUUCAGGAGAAUGAAGGAAAGAUCGACACGUUUAUUGUUCCUAAAGAGACUCUUGUCCUUUACGCCCUUGGUGUGGUACUUCAGGAUCCCAGUACUUGGCCAUCACCACACAAGUUUGAUCCAGACCGAUUUGAUGCUGAAUCGGUGAUGAAAACUUUCUCCUUGCUUGGAUUCUCUGGCACCCGUGAAUGCCCAGAGUUGAGGUUUGCAUAUACGGUAGCCACAGUACUUCUGAGUGUCCUGCUGAGGAGACUGCAUCUAUGUUCAGUGGAAGGACAGGUUAUUGAAACCAAGUACGAACUGGUAACAUCAUCCAGGGAAGAAGCCUGGAUCACUGUCUCAAAGAGACAUUAAACUUUUAUAUCUUGAACUUUGUUGAGAAGAAACUAAUU